UAUUGAAUAGAGACACAAAGCAAACAUUUCUUGAUUUCUUCGAUCUCUACCAACUUAAUUAGUUUUGAUCAUUUUAGUGCAGCAAUGGGUUCUGUAAAAAUUGUACUGUUUUUAAUGCUAUAUACCUUUCUCUGUCAACUUGCUUUCUCCUCAUCCUUACCUCAUUUGUGCCCCAAACAUCAAGCUCUAGCCCUUCUACAAUUCGAGCAUAUGUUUACCAUUAAUCCUAAUGCUUCAUCAGGUUCCUGUUAUGAGGAUACAACUCUUUCAUGGAACAAGAGCACAGAUUGUUGCUCAUGGAAUGGAGUUCAUUGUGACGAGACGACGGGACAAGUAAUUGAGCUUGACCUCUUUUGCAAAGGACUUCAAGGCAAAUUUCAUACCAACAGUAGCCUGUUUCAGCUCUCCGGUCUCAAACGGCUGGAUUUGUCUUAUAAUGAUUUUUCCGGGUCGCUCAUUUCAGCUAAAUUCGGUGAGUUAUCUAGCUUGACGCAUCUUAACGUGUUGUAUUCAAGUUUUACAGGUGUAAUCCCAGCAGAAAUCUCUCACCUUUCUAAAUUACAAGUUCUUAGUAUAUCGACUGAUAAAUCGUAUAGGCUUAGACUUGAGCCUUACAAUUUUGAACUUUUACUUAAGAACUUGACCCAAUUAAGAGUGCUUCACCUUGACUCUGUGAACAUCUCUUCCACCAUUCCUCUAAAUUUCUCUUCUUAUUUAACAACUCUACGGCUUCAAGACAUACAGUUAUGUGGGGUAUUGCCCGAAAGUGUUUUCCACCUUUCCAACUUGGAAUACCUUUCUUUAUCAGACAAUCCCCAGCUCACUGUUAGGUUCCCCAUGUCCAUAUGGAAUAGCAGUGCAUCACUCGUGAAGUUAUAUCUCAGCGGUGUGAAUUUUACUGGUAGGAUACCUGAAUCAUUUAGCCAUCUAACUUCAUUGACCUACUUGGAUUUGAGUUCUGCCAAUCUCUCAGGGCCCAUUCCUAAACCUCUGUGGAAUCUCACCAACAUUGAGUUGUUGUACCUUGAUAAUAACAACUUCGAUGGCCAACUUGAAGGCUUAUCCUUUAACAGAAGCUGGACGCAGCUUGAAUCUUUAGAUAUUUCUUUCAAUUCCCUAACUGGUCCAAUUCCAUCCAACGUAAGUGGGCUCCAAGACCUACAAUUACUCAUCUUGUCAUCGAACUACUUGAAUGGGACUAUACCUUCCUGGAUAUUCUCCCUCCCAUCACUAAUGCAUUUAGACUUGAGCAAUAACUCUUUCAGUGGCAAAAUUCACGAGUUCAAGUCCAAUAAUAAAGUGUAUUUCGUUUCUGUAAAACAAAAUCAGUUGCAAGGUCCUAUUCCAAAGUCGCUCCUAGACCUGCAGUACCUACAAUUUCUUAUUCUUUCCCAAAAUAAUUUCAGCGGACAGAUUCCUUCAACCGUCUGCAAUCUAAAAACACUGGGAUUGCUAAAUUUGGGAAGUAAUAAUUUGGAGGGAACAAUCCCACAAUGUUUAGGUCAGAUGAGCAGAGUUUCGCGUCUGGAUUUAAGCAAUAAUUGUCUUAGUUGGACGAUUAAUACAACUUUUAGUAUAGGAAACCAAUUUAAAAUCAUUAAAUUGCAUGGGAAUAAGCUACAGGGGAAAGUUCCGCCAUCGUUGAUCAAUUGCAGAAAUUUGGAAUUCCUUGAUUUAGGCAACAAUGAGUUGAAUGACACAUUUCCAAUUUGGUUGGGAGGCCUUCCUGAUUUGAAGAUUUUAAGCUUGAGAUCAAAUAAGUUGCACGGCUUUAUAAGUGAUUUAAGGACAGACAACUUUUUUGCUAAAAUUCGAGUAAUAGAGCUCUCAUUCAAUGAAUUUAGUGGUGAUUUACCUGUGAGCCUUUUCGAGAAUUUUCAAGCCAUGAAAAUCAUUGGUGAGAACAAUGGAACCCGAGAGUAUGUUGCACAUACAAAUACUGCCGUUGACCCAUUUUCUUUGAUAGUGACAACAAAGGGUCUGGAUCUUGAACUUCCUCGAGUUUUGUCCACAUACAUAAUUAUCAAUCUCUCAUGGAAUAGAUUUGAAGGUCAUAUUCCAAGCAUUAUUGGAGAUCUCGUUGGACUCCGUACACUGAACCUGUCUCAUAAUGGCUUGGAAGGUCAUAUACCAGCAUCAUUCCACCAAUUAUCCGUACUUGAAUCGUUGGAUCUCUCAUCCAACAAAAUAGGCGGUGAAAUUCCACAACAACUUGCAUCUCUCACAUUUCUUGCAGUCUUAAAUCUCUCUCACAAUCAUCUGGUCGGAUGCAUUCCUAAAGGAAAACAAUUUGAUACGUUUGAGAACAGUUCAUACCAAGGGAAUGAUGGGUUACGUGGAUUUCCACUAUCAAAAGAUUGUGGUGGCGAUGAUGGGGUACCGCUAGAUGAUGAAGAAGAAAAAGAAGAAGAAGAAGGAGAUUUGAUCAGUUGGCAAGCGGUUCUCAUGGGUUUCGGUUGUGGUCUGGUUAUUGGACUGUCCAUAAUAUACAUAAUGUUGUCAACUCACUAUCCAAUAUGGUUUUCGAGGAUGGUUGUAAAAUUUGAACACAGAAUUGCUACGAGAAUGAAAAGAUAUUAGUGUGUAACUUGCAGGAUUCAAGUCUAAUAUGUCGCCGGUGAUGCAAAUAUAAGCCCUCAUCUUUCAUAAAUUGUGAUUUUUUCCAUAGUAUAUGUUACUUUAUGAAUAAAGACAUCAUUUUUUUUUCUUUUUCUAAAUUUGAGACUCAGCCGGAAUUGUUUGUACAGACAGUAGCCCAACUUUUAUCACUCGUUGCUAUAUAAUCUGUAGUAGUAAUAAUUUCAGCCUAAAUCAUUACUUGAGUAAUAUAAAUUUAUGAAGCUACUUCCCCUCAA